UGUUUUUGCCUCUCCACAUAGGUUAAGGUGCAUUCAAAGGCAUUUGCCAGGAGAACUAACGUUUGGUGAAAGUUUCCGAUCGUUUUUCUAGAAAUAGAUGUACAUGGCAUCUGGAUGCUGAGUCUUCGGGCUCUGGUUGGGAUUGGGCUCUUGGUGACGUCACGGGCCACCAGAGGACUCGCGCAGAGGGGGACUUGUCCCUUGGCCAGUGCGACAAACAACCACAAGGACUGUUUCAGUAGUCGACAAACUUCAACCAUGGCCCAGUCGAUUAAAUACCUUGGGCAGGAGGAGGCCCAGCACAUAGAUGAGGAGCUCUUUGGUGAAUACGGCUUCAGUGUGGACCAGCUGAUGGAGCUAGCCGGGCUUAGCUGUGCCACAGCAGUCGCUAGGGGCUACCCAGUCACUUCUCUGGUCAAGGCCAGACCUACAUUGCUCGUGAUUUGUGGACCAGGUAACAAUGGAGGCGAUGGCUUGGUCUGCGCUAGACAUCUGAAGCUGUUUGGUUAUGAGCCCACCAUACUGUACCCCAAACGGCCAAACAAACCACUCUUCCAGGGCCUGACCACCCAGUGUGAGAAGAUGGAGAUUCCUUUCCUGACUGAGAUGCCUGAGGCCGAAGUGAUUGAUGGAGCUUACAACCUGGUGAUAGACGCGAUAUUUGGCUUCAGCUUCAAGGGGGCUGUGAGAGAGCCUUUUGGUGCCAUCCUGGAUGUGUUAAAGAAGACCACUGUGCCCAUAGCCAGCAUUGACAUCCCUUCUGGUUGGGAUGUGGAGCAAGGAAGCACAGGGGGACUCCAGCCCGAUAUGCUCAUCUCCCUCACUGCCCCGAAGAAGUCAGCCUCCCUGUUCAGAGGUCGGUACCACUAUCUGGGAGGGCGGUUUGUCCCACCCGCCCUGGAGAAGAAGUACCAGCUUAAUCUGCCCGAGUACCCUGACACUGACUGUGUGUUAAAGCUUUAGAGGUGCCGGCUGGUUAAGAGAAUGAGUUAGGCAAAUUCGGUUAACAGUGUUUUAAGGAGUGAAAUUGUAUAAAUGUUGCCAGAUUAUCACAUUACUGUGAAUCAAGUCAAGUUGUCAAAUGAUUCAGAUUCAUGAUGAGAGGUUACCAUUUCUGACCUUGCGGUUGGUUGGGCUAAAUAUCUCUAAUAGCGAACUUCAUGUGAGAACGAUUUUCUAUUUAUUUUUUUUUUGAUAGGAGUCAUCACAACUAACCGACUCCCUUCACAGCGUGGUGGCUUUAGCGAUCUUUGCAAAAGUUUCUCAUCCAUUAUGUGUAGUUUGGAAUAUUUGAGAUUUUCUGCGACAAUGACCCACCCCACUGUUUUUCCACUUUUUGCUAAUCAUCUGUUCAACAUAUUCAGAUGCUGACAUGCUGCCAAAUAAAAGUAAAGUUCUCACAAUGGAAAAGCAUUAUCAUUAAAAAAAGACAUCUAAACCACUUCUAUUCU